AUGGCGGACGACGGAGAAGGAAAUCUUAGUCGAGAUUGCCUGCCGCUUUCCUCUCCCGCGUUAAACGACACAGUAGAUUUUAUACUUUCAGGAUUUUUGCCGGGUUGUCGACCUUUAAGGUAUGGAUCUGAUCUCAAAGAGUACUUUUUCAACAAGCCUGUAGACGAAACAAAAUCACCGAUUACUGUUCACUACACUGGUAGUACAGCGGAAGGUAUCGAUCGAGCGAGCGAUGACGAUUUCAUGUUUGUCAACCACAAUUUAAGGGUUGUCGAUGAUUCUUCAAACAUUGUUGUGAGAGACAAUGAAAUACGAUGUUUUGUCGCAACUGAGGUCCGGCCGGGUUAUGCACAUUUACGUUGCAAUUCACCAGAAAAUGCCGAUAAUGAAGACUUGAAGUUGAAGCAGAACGAUGGAUUUCUCAGAAGUGAUAUUGUUAAAGCGUUCAUGUUGUAUUCAGAUCCAGAAGGUAAUGAAAACGACACCUUUUUUAAUCGUUUGACAGAACACGGUCCCGCUCUGACAGAUGAAAAGCACAGUGAUGAUUUCGUAUGUGCUGUACCGUGCUACGAGUGGCCUAAGGUCGCAACGGAAUUUAAAACCCGUGUGAGAACAUUAAAUCAGCCAGCUCCUGAAAUUAUACACAAGAUCGUGGCUCAAGGAUGCUCAUACGUUGCUGUAGGUCACCCUCUGAGUACAGACCGCGGCAAACAGUGGAGAUUGUCUUUCUCACUUGCUGAAAAAAUUCUAGUCCGUUCCUGGAACGAUGUGAAGACAAAAUGCUAUAUCGCGGUCAAAGCUUUAUGCAAAGAAAAUCUCGACCUAGAGCCAAAGGUAAUUUGCUCGUAUUAUAUUAAAACAGCCAUCUUUUGGUUGUCUGAAAAAUUACCCGAAAAUUUCUGGAAAGAAAGAAAGAUACUACAUUGUAUUUUAACAGUCAUGACAGAGUUGAUGUCAUUUACAACGAAAGGAACAUGUCCAAAUUAUUUUGUUCCCUCAAAUAACAUGAUGGACCAUUUCAGCGACGAGCAAAGAAAACGUGUUGCCUCUAAGAUUGAAUCAAUUAUGAAUAACCUCCCUCUGGCUUUGCUGCGAUCUAAACUAGCGGAAGCAACAUUCAAGAAAAGCGCAGAUUUUGUCACACUAUAUCUAAUCUUGAAGAAUUCAGAUUCUCCAAGCAAUGCGGAAUCUCAGUUGUUACAUGUGAAUUCUCACAACAAACGAUCUAGUUUUGAACACUAUGAACACUACUAUGAGUCCAUGCAUCUGACAGAAAUUUUGCGCGACCUAAAAGGAUUUUUCUUUCAAAGAAUACAAAGCAAUAAUCCAGAUUCAAUAGCUAAAGUAGUUUUGGACGAUCUGCCAAGGGUUAUUGGAGAUCAGAAUUUUAAAUAUGCAUAUGAGAAACUUGUGUAUCUGGCAGUUGGUGACAUUUAUCAGCAUAUGGCAUCAUCAAAAUGUGACUCAAACAAAGAAGAGUAUCAGGCCUUGUUGACACAAGCAGAAAGUUGGAUUGCAAAAGCAGGAAUAUUAAAACAUCCUUCAGGGUUUGAUGAUAAUGGAAUCCUCACUUGUGCAUGUAAAUCAUUGUUGUAUUACACAAGUGGUAAUAAAGACAUGGCACUUGAUUUGUGCUCUCAGGAAUCUGAAAGGAUCUUUGCUCAAGCUCAAUGUCUCCAUGAUCUGUGUCACUGGUCUUGUGCUGUUGUCAUAGCAACAAAUGAAGCUAAAAAAUUCAGCCAAGUUGAUCCAAGCAUUGCUGGACUUCUGAGUGUUAACGACCUGUAUGUUAGUCCAAUAAGCAUCAUCCUGUAUAUUGCAAUAAAGUGCUGCAAAGAUGAAAGCCCACGAACUGACUUUUACAAACAUUUUGAGCAGCUGCAGCAGUGGCUUCCUCCAAAGAUCACUGAUCAUGAAAAAGAGCUUCACAGGAGCCACAUGUUGCUGAAAAACAUUUUGAUGUAA